AUGAGUGCGAGCACGAAGGCAAUGACGGCUGUCAAUAUCGGAAGUGUGUUCUCUCGUCUCAUUGGACGAGUAAUUUAUCCACACAUUGACAUGUCAUCAGGAUGCUCUCGGCGUCAUUUAUCACACCUCAAGGAUGUUCUGUUCGACUUCGUCUCGAAACGUGUCGUCAAAUUCGUUCUUCACACCAAUGCGCCAGGACACUGCGAUUUUGGAGUGUACUCACGAUGCAACUUCUCAAUCUUCUUGAAUGACAAGCAAUACGAAAUUCGUACGGAUUCGAAGUUCGACGAAUUCUCGCACGCCUUCAUGGACGACUCGAACACUCCACGUCCAGUUGUUCUCACUCGUCAAGAGCAACAACCAUUUGGAUCGACUUUUUGCUACGGAGUAAAGCAAGUCAUUGUCGAAGUCAUGGAUAAUUGGUUCCUCUCUUCAGUCACCAUCUACGAUGGAUCCAAAGAAAAAUGA